CAUGAACGUUUCACACGUAGAGAUAGAAAUGUAAAUCCUACGAACAAUAACGCGAAGAGUCUUCUACGGUUUUAAGCCAGCGCGGGAACCGUGCCCCUACAAGCUCCAAUGGCAGUGACGCCAUUUCAGACACCGAUGCCGCAGCCAUCACCUUUCCAGCCGGAGCUGGUCAGCACCAUGGCCCCUGUCAACUUGACUGGCGCACUUAACGCUGCAGAGCCGUCGCGUCCUCCGCAAGGUACGAAUCCGCAGAUCACUCCUGAUGGUCAUUGCGUCUCAAUUGAGAGUGAUGACGGCGAGUGGGACAUUCCAAGGGCCCACAAGAAGAAGAAAGGAAAAAACAUCCGGCCAGCGACCUCCCGAAACUCCGCCUUCGAAAGGCUGGGGGAUAGGGAGAAAGGCCAGAGGAAGUCAGCCAAACAAAGGCUGGGGCAGAGCGUUGCCCAUGUCAGCACGUUCGCCCGGCUAGGCGAGACCUUGCGGAACCGAGCCACUGAAUGGUUCAAUAAGCUUCGCCCGAGAAGCAUUGAUUUGUUUAGUGAUUUGGCCUCAAAGUUCAAGGCCAAGUUCCAUGAGAAUUGUACUAAGAGGAAGAAAUUCACCUAUCUUAGUACAGCCGAACAGAGGGAGUUCGAGAACCUUACUCAGUUCCUUACCCGGUGGAAGGAAGAGGUAGACAAGGUGGAAGAGAUGGAUGACAAAACCGUCUUAUCCCUCCUCUUGAAUGGCUUGCGUGCCGGGGAACUAUACAAGGAGUUCUGCCGGAAACCCCCGACCACGUACCAAGAGGCCUACCAUACUGCAUGGGAGUUUGCUGAGGCCGAAACUCAACUCCGGGCGAAGAAAGAAGCCGAGCAUGGUUACAAGCCCAAGCCGGUGCAGGUCAAAAAGGAAGAAGCACCGGGACCUAGCCGGCCAAGGCACCACUAUGACCCGGUCGUCCGUAUGGUCAAUACGGAAGAAUGCCAAGAAAUCCGGAAAGCACCGGUCAUUCCUCAGGAAAACCCUACCGGUCAAAUAGAACGGCAGUGGUCGGGCACCUAUUGUUCUUACCACAGGCCAGCUGCCCCGGGAGAUGACCGGGACAACGACCGGCGGAGGAAUAGCCGGCCAAGGGAGCGGCAACCUGCUCCCGAAAAAGAGCACAUCGGCAUGAUCUUCGGCGGACCUGAGGGUGGAGAUUCAGCCGCGCAACGAAAGAACUGGGUCCGGAGCAUUUACGUUGGUGAGGUAAGCGCUGAACCGCCCAGGCGUAAGCAUACUAGAAGGGAGCCGAUCGUCUUUACUGACCGGGAUCUCCCUCCUACCGGUGAAGAUCACAAUGAUCCAUUGGUCAUCACCAUGGACAUUAAUGGGGUGGAUGUCGCCCGGGUACUUGUUGACACCGGUAGCAGUGUCAACAUCUUAUACUUGGAGACUUUCCAAAAACUCAGGUUGUGUCGGACACAACUUGAACCCCUCAAAACUCCUCUCUCAGGCUUCACGGGGGACACCGUUGAAGCUGAAGGAUCCAUAGUUCUACCGGUCGAACUAGGAUCAGGUGAGAAGACCGUGUGGAAGAAGAUGCGGUCCAUCGUUGUGGACAUUAAAUGCGUCCACAACGCGAUCCUUGGGAGACCGGGCAUCAAUAAGGUCAGGGCGGUGAUUUCCAUGCCUCACCUGUGCAUGAAGUUCUACACUCCAGGCGGUGUGGGUGAAAUGAAAGGCGACCAGAGGAAUGCCCAGGAGUGCUAUGCCUGGGCAGUCAAGAAGAUGACCAAGGGGGUCAAUGUCAUCUCCCAAGAAAUCACAAAGGGAGAGACCCGGGAGAAACUGGAGCCCGAGGCCGAGACGGUGGAAAUCGAACUUCACCCGGGUGAUUCGUCAAGGAUGGUCAGAAUUGGAGCAAAUCUCCCCAAGGAUUUCAAGGCAGAGAUUACACGGGUCCUCCAAGAAUACGCAGGCAUAUUCGCAUGGAGCGUGGCGGAUAUGCCCGGAAUAGAUCGCUCUGUUAUCUGCCACCGGUUGGCCGUGAGGGAAGGAAGUCGACCGGUACGUCAGAAGAAGCGGUACCUGGCCAGUGACCGGCGAGACUUCGUCAAGAAGGAAGUGAAGGACCUCCUCAGUGUUGGUCACAUCCGGGAAGUCAAAUGCCCGGAUUGCAAUCAAGGGACAAGCCCUUGCGGACUUCAAUGGUGGGAGAUGGCAGUUGAUGGGGCAUCCGGUCCUAGAGGAUACGGGGGUGGUAUCGUGUUCACCACCGCAGAAGGGUUCAAGAUCUACCAUGCAAUCGUCUUCAACUUCAAGCUAACGAACAAUGAGGCAAAAUAUGAAGCUCUGGCUGGAGGGCUCGGACUUGCCCAAGCCCUGAAAAUCAGCCGGAUCGCCCAAAUUCCCCGGGCGGAGAACGCGGAUGCAGACCUCCUCUCCAAGUUGACGCAGUAUGCCCCCGAACAUGUUUCAAAACUUGCCCGGGUGGAGAUCCUGGAUCGAGCUAGCAUCGAAAAAUUGGAAGUCGCCGCUAUAACAGCCGGAAGCCAAUUUGACCGGUCAAACCUGGUCGGGGCGGAUGACCAUUGGAUGUAUGAUCUGAUGGAAUAUUUGAUGGAUGGGAGCAUGCCAGAACAAGAUGGCCGGGCAAGAAAAGUGAAGCUCAGGACACCCCGAUUCCAGGUUCUUGAUGCGCUUUCCCAGCGCAUCAUCCUAUUGGGGUAUUACUGGCCAACAAUUGUCCAGGAUUGUGAAAGGUUUGGAGCUCCCAUGAGCCUAAUCACCGACAACGGCCCACAAUUCCGAAAUCCAAGGUUCACCGAAUACUUGGAGGGCUUCGGGAUCAAGCACAAUCGCUCUUCGGUGGCGUAUCCCCAAGGAAAUGGCCAAGUUGAAAACGCCAACCGAACGAUUGUGGAUGGUCUAAAGAAACGGCUGGGAGAAGCAGGAAACAAGUGGCUGGAAGAGCUCCCACACAUCGUAUGGGCAUUCCGAGUAACACCCAGGAGGGCUCACGGGGAAGCAAGGCUGCCCAUCGAAGCUGAAUUGCCAACAUUCCGGGAAUCAAGUUAUCAGGCCCAGCAAAAUGAAGAAGACCACUUGGCCGAGCUCAACUUGGUCGAAGAACGAAGAAAGGCCGCGGAGGUGAGAAUGAGUACAUACCAACAAGUUGUGAAGAAGUACCAUGACAACAAGGUUGGGCCGCGGUACUUCCAAGUUGGAGAUGAAGUCCUACGAAGAAGAGAAGCAAGUAGACCUGGCGAUGGAGGAAAGCUGGCAAAAAACUGGGAAGGCCCAUACAGGGUUAGGGCCAUCAUUCGCCUAGGAACCUACCGGUCAGAAACUUUAGAUGGUGUACCGAUAGAAAGAACUUGGAAUUCUCACCAUCUUCCCAAGUUCUACAAAUGAUUGUAAUACUAGGCGAUGCCUAACUACAUUAUCAAUCAAAGUGAUGUUCAAAACUCUACUUGGUAGCUGCAGAAGUGAUAGGUCGAACCUAUCCUAGGAGGGCUUCCCGGGUGGAUCGGAUCCACUCGGAUAAGCCAACUGAGACACAGUCCCGGACCUGGCACGCUGGUUACUACACCGGUCUUGCUCAGUAUAAUAGAAAAAAUAUUAAAACCCGGA